CCGCGCAGGGUUUAGGGUUCAGCGGCGGCGGCACCAGCUCCCUCCGCCCUCGGCCACCGCCAACGAGGCGAGUUGCCGGCCAUGGCGUCGAUCGCGUCGCAGCUGCAGGCCAUCAAGUCGGCGCUUGGAGCUGCGCCCGAGGCGGCGCGGCGGCCCAUCACCCGGCCGUCGGUGCUCUUCGACGCGAAGGAGGCCGCCGAUAUCGACCUUCGCGCCAUCCUUCCCAUCGCCCUCUCCGGGUUGGAGCACCUUGCCAGUGUGGACGAGAGGUUUGCUAGGUACAGCAACACUCUGUUCAGGGAGACUAGCCUUGAGGUGAACCGUGAACAGUUAACUCCCAAGGAGAAUGAUAAACUUAACAAGUCCAUCUCCACCUACCUUCGCCUUCUAGCUGGUUACUUGCAUCUUCCAUCUGCCCUCAAGACCCUUGAGUACCUUAUCCGCAGAUACCUGGUGCAUGUAUACAAUUUGGAUGAGUUGCUGCUGAGCGCGCUGCCGUACCAUGAUACACAUGCAUUUGUUCGGAUUGUGCAGUUGGUCAACUUAGGGAAUAGUAAGUGGGCAUUUCUUGAUGGCGUGAAGUCCUCAGGUGCACCGCCACCCAGGAGUGUUCUAGUGCAGCAGUGCAUCCGGGAUAAGGCCGUGCUGGAGACCCUCUGUAACUAUGUAACACCAACAAGGGAAUUCAGUCACUCAAGGACAGUCGUCUGCUUUUGCACUGCUGUGAUUGUGGAGUGCUUGGGUGCUGUUCCAAAGCUUGACACAGAUAUAGUACAGAGGGUCCUGGGAUUUGUGUUUGACUCUCUUAAUCCUGAAAUAACGGGAGAUCAGGAUUAUAAGGCUGGCGCUCUGAUGAUUGUUGGAGUACUUGCAACGCGGGCAUCUCUAGCGCCAAAACUUGUCCAAAAUUUGAUUUUCUUUGUUGCAAGGAAUGCACAACAUGAUGCAUUUGAGUCAGUUGACUUACCAUGGCUUCGUGUCACAGUGAUGGCUAUUAUAAGUCUUGUUCAGUCACAAUCGGUCCAUGACUUCCCUAAGAAGGCAUUGAUGAUUUUGAAAGACAUCAGGGAUUUUUCUGGUGUACUUUCUGUAUUAUCCAGUGAGUACAAUAUUGAGAGAUUUGUAAGGCUUUAUGUUGAAUCAUUGGUUGACUACAGUACUUCUGAUGAUUCCUGCCAUACACACCUCAUUGAAACUAUUGAGACUCUACCAAUGGAGAACUCUGUUGAAAGAAUUGUGAGCAAGGUUCUUGGUAGCUGUAGCAAGGUAUCUCGGACCACUGAAAACCCGGAUAUAAAAGGAAUUUGGGCUAAGAAAAUCUUGAGCACGAUCGAAAGAAAAUAUCCACUGGAGCUACAUGAUGCUAUUCGUAAAUUUCUUGAGAAAUCUGAAAUUAACUCAACGGGAGGGGAUUCUUUAUCUGAGGUGUUUGGCUUAGUGUUUGAUGAAAGCAAGAAAAUUCCAACUGAAAUAGCUGACUCAAACAUUUGGUUCAGCCUGGACCAUCCAAAGGCUAUGGUACGCCAAUCAGCCCUCUCAAAAAUUGCUACAUCUGGCAUCUUCAACAACAGUGCUCUAAAUCCACAGAGACUUAUCAAUAUGCAAGAUGCAAUAUUGCGCAGUAUGUAUGAUGAUGAUCUAAGUGUUGUCCAAGCUGCCUUAUCCAUAGAAGGACUAGCAGCUGCUGUUGCCUGUCCUGAUAGCCUUCUAAAAGCAUACGAUGACGUGCUCACCAAAUGCAUCAAAAUCAUUAACAAAGGUGGUUCAAAAGCAUCAAAGGCUUCUGAUGUUGCUGUUUCUUGCUUGGAAAAGAUGGUUAUUGAAUAUCAAUCCCAUCAUGUGGAACAUGCCAAGGACAUAGCUGCAGUAGUUUUUCGUCUCCUUAUUAUUCACCCAAAGACCCUUAGAGUGAACUUAAAGGCCCUGGAGCUAGCUAAGAAAAUACAAUGGGAAUUCUACACAAGUAGUUCUCUUGUAUGUGAUGAGGUCACUGUUCAGAAAAUGAAGGAGAACAUGAGUGCAGACUCCAUUGCUUCCAUUAACAUGAAGAAUAUCAAAGCUUUUGCUGAGACUUUCCUAGCUAACCCAAAUAAGCAUGUAGAGUGGUUGGCUAACUCUGGAAAUGGAACUAGAUUUUCUAGAACUUUGUUUCUACUUGUAGUAUUGGAAACACUUGUUGUUCCCUCAGAAGCUUUGGACAAGCAAGUGAGUCUCUGUAAAGCUUGUUUGCCAGCCCUGAAGGAUGAAUGGCAUCACAUACAGCAUGAAGAUAAUGGUGUUUGUGAUGAGAUAAGCAUUGAUAAGCUUGAGAAGUGCAGUUUAGAAUUGGUGAAGCAUAUUUUCAACAGUGAUACAGAGGCAUUGAAUGCUAGAAUCCUUUCCUGUAUAUUUUGGGGACUUCUAAAGGUGCAGUCCUCCUAUAUUAAGAAGAAUUUUAUGAUUGGCAGUGAUGAAAAUGCAAUGCUCGAUGAUUUGUUUCUCUUCUUUGUUACAUCGCCUGGCAAAAAUGUCUUUCAGAAGCACUUAGAGUAUCUCAUCAUUAAUUGCACUGGAGCACCUUUUCAAUUUAUUUCGAAGUACUUUCUGGAUGAAGAUUCGUCAGAUAGAGUUCAAGUGGAGAGUCUUCAUAUGCUUGCUUCUAUAUGUUCUAAGUGUGCUUCCUCUGAAAGUAGUAGCUUGGAUGAAAGCAUAUGGAUGCAGCUUCUGCUCGGCUUUCCUUCUGUUAUUCUCCCACUUGCUCAUGAGAACAGGGAUAUAAGGUCAUCUGCUAUUAAGUGUGUUGAGGGGUUCUCUUUGGUGUGGCAGCGCUUGAGCACUUCUGUACCAAGAAAUGGUAACACCAUCAAAUUGCCGCAAUGCAUGUCAUCUCCAACUUUUGGUGUUUUCCUCGAGUCGUUGGUUAACCAAAAGACCAUGAUCUCCUCAGAUGCAAAAUUUUUUCCUGCAUAUAUUUCAUCAAUGCUAAGCCCACGCCAGGACAUGAUAAUUCCAGAGAACCUUCAUGAAAGAUUUGACCAGCCAACAAAAGAUGCUCUCCUUCAUUUCAUCUUGCACUCUGCUUUGAAGCUCACUCCUUACGGAAAGUUCAUGGUUCUGUCAAUCCUGAAAGGAGUAGGAGGCAUCUUAUUUAAGGCAGAGGACGUGAAGUCUUUGUUCUUUGAUCUUCUGGACUGUCGUGAUCAAUAUCAGAAUCAGCGUGAUUCUAAGCAAAGCUUAUCUACCCAUGAAAUUCAAAUCCUAUGUUUGCUUUUGGAGGUUUUGUUCUCACUUCCAGAUUGUGCAAAUAUUGGUUUUAACAUGUCUGAACCUCUGGUGAGAGCGUUAAAGGUUGAUGCUCUGUCUCCAGAUGAUCCUGUUGUUGUAAUGCCAUGUCUUACUGUCCUGCGGACGCUUCAACCAGUGUUCUUUGAUAAUUUGGAGACCGAUACUAAGGAAAAAGUUUUUGGGUGCCUUAUUUCUUUGUUUCGAACUGAAAACAUCGAAAUUCGAAAUGCCACACGGGAUGCUCUACUGCGAAUUAAUGUUGAUGCUUCUGCUGCGGUGAAAUUUAUUGAAUUAAUUGUUGCACUUGGUGAUGCAAGAGGACGGUCAAAAAGAACAAAGAGAAAGGAUGAUCUGAGUCGUGAUGCAUUUAGCAGUUUUGAAGAGUUAUUUGGAGAAAGCCCUAUAGCUUCUAUUCUGGUUUCUCUUCUAGAUAUUUUGUUUCUUAAGAAAGAUGUGAACCAAAGGAUGUGUUUACUACAACCGCUUUUCCAGAUUCUAUCAAAGCUCCUUUCUGAUCAAUGGAUUUCAGAGAUUGUUUGUCAGUAUACCAACCAACAUGAUACCUCAUCCGAAACCCCUGAUAUAUCCAACUCCAUGAAAGAAGCUCAGCACUUGAUACUGCUGGUCCUCAAAGAUAUUGCAGAUACGUUGCAUUCGCAUUCGCAUCACCAGGAUGCAAUGUUCAGAAGCUCAGAUGUUGAUCUUCUUAUUAAUUACAUACGGUCUGUCAAGGAUGUAGCAACUCGGAAUCACGGGUUUUCCUUGAUAGCUUCUUUGGGAAAGGCUUGCCCACAACUGUUGUCAGAUAGUAUUGUUGAUUUAUUUCUGGUUAUUGGAGAUGCUAUAAAACAGGAUGACAGCCAUUCUCAAUGUGUUUUGGAGGAUUUACUAUCUGUCUUGGUUCCAUGUUGGUUAUCGAGGAACACAAGUAUAGAAAAGCUUCUUCAGAUAUUCAUUAAAGCUUUAGCAGAUAUUCCUGGACAUAGGCGGUUGACGCUAUUGGUUUACCUCUUGAGGACCUUAGGAAAUGAAAGCCAUUUGAGUACUGUGAUCAUGCAUCUGCUGCAAUCAUUGGUUAAGAGGAUUUCACUCUCUCUUUCUGAACAUCAGGGAAGGCGUUGGAGUGCUUUGUCACAGGAGUGGGAAUAUGGAUUGGCAGUCAAUGUUACUGACCAAUAUUCCUAUAAAUUAUGGUUUCCUUGUUUCAGUAUGCUACUAAAAGAAAUCAGGGUGCAUGGGAGGCAAGGACAUCUAAUGCUACAUUUGGCAAUGAAGCUCGUUCUGUCCAAGUUGCAAGAUACAGAGUUGAUUUUUGAGCUUGAAUCUGAUGAGGCUGCUAAUUUUAUCCAGGGUUCUCUUGGAGCGCUUAUGGAGGAAGUUGUCCUGUGUACUGUGUGUACUAAAGAUAAAAAAAGAGAAUUUUCUGGUGAUAUUAUAAAAGAACUCAGAGAGUCUGCAAAUAUGAUACUCAAAACGAUUACAGGAUGGAUGAGUGCUUCAACAUAUUUCAGAGGAAUUACCCAGUUGUUGGAUUAUUCGGACAACCUUGUGAAAAGAAAGACACUUGGGAUAUUGUCUGAAACUGCCAGAGGAAACAGCUUGGUUCAGAACAAGCAAAGGAAAGCACGAAAACUGAAGCAUAGCUCUGUUAUAACUGUUAUCAAAGUGGACAAGAGUUCUGGUCCAUAUUUCAGCAACUUGUGCUUAAAGAUUCUUGAAUUGAUUGACAGAGUGGUUGAUUUGGACACUUCAGUGAAAAUUGCUGCUAUUUCUUCGCUUGAAACGCUAGCGAAAGAAUAUCCCUCUGAUUAUCCAGUUUAUAGCAAGUGCCUCUCAACAAUCGUCAAUCACAUUGGCUCUGCUGAUGCAGCUGCGUCUUCUGGAUUAAUUCAUACUGUUGGCUCUCUAAUAAACGUGCUUGGAUCAAAAGCAUUAUCAGAGCUCCCAUUAGUUGUGAAAAAUAUAAUGCUAAUAGCUCAUCAAAUUUCAUGUUGUCCUAGUGGAAGUUACGCCCAUGGUUCUACUAGAACAGCCACCAGACUUUCUAACCAAGAUACAGCUAUACUGCUAUCUUCACUGAGCACGAUUGAAGUGAUUGUGGAAAGGCUGGGUGAAUUUGUUAAUCCAUAUUUGAAGGAAAUACUCGAUCUGGUGGUAUUGCAUCCUGAAUGUUGUGCUCAUAUGGAUGCCAAAUUAGAUGCAAAAGCAGCAGAUGUUCGGAAGCUACUGACAGAGAAAGUUCCAGUGCGGCUUAUUCUUCCUCCUUUACUGGAUCUAUACUCCGUUGCUACUAAUUGUGGGGAAACAAGCCUUUCGUUGGCAUUUCAAAUGCUUGCUAGUCUUGUUAGUACAAUGGACCGGCUGGCUGUAGGAACUUACCAUGUGAAAAUAUAUGAACAUUGUUUAGCAGCACUUGAUAUCCGUCGCCAACAUCCUGACUCUUUGAAGAAUAUAAAUAUGGUUGAGCAAAGUAUUAUUCAUGCCAUAAUUACUCUCACAUUGAAGCUUACAGAGGGCACUUUUAGGCCCCUUUUUCUUCGUACUCUGGAAUGGGCCGACUCUGAAGUUGAUCAGUCAUCAUCAAAGAAAAGUAUAGACCGUGCAAUUGUUUUUUACAAAUUGAUCAACAAACUUGCUGAACAACACAGGUCCUUGUUUACACCUUAUUUCAAGUACCUACUUGAGGGAUCUGUACAAUAUCUGUUAGAAGAUGAUCCUUUGGUCGGUUCCAAGCAAAAAAAGAAGAAGAAGGCCAAACUUGAUGUUCAAGUCGAACAGAAGGAUAAUUUAUUUGGACUAAAACUGUGGAAUUUAAGAGCUCUGAUUUUGAAGUCCUUACACAAGUGUUUCCUUUAUGAUAAUGAACAGAAGAUCCUAGAUUCCUCUAAUUUCCAGGUUCUCCUCAAGCCAAUAGUUUCCCAAUUUGUUGUGGAACCACCAGAAUCUAUUGAAUCACUUGUGGAUGCUCCAUCGGUUGAAGAAGUAGAUGAAGCUCUUGUUUUGUGCUUGGGGCAAAUGGCUGUCACUGCACGCUCGGAUGUUCUUUGGAAGCCUCUUAACCAUGAGGUGCUGAUGCAGACCAGGAGUGAUAAAGUUCGCCCCAAAUUGUUGGGCCUGAAGGUUGUCAGGUACAUGGUCCAGCACCUGAAGGAGGAAUACGUCGGUCUCCUCCCAGAAACCAUCCCAUUCCUUGGCGAAUUACUUGAGGAUGUGGAGCUUCCUGUCAAGACACUGUCGCAGGAGAUCUUAAAAGAGAUGGAAACCCUCAGUGGCGAAAACCUCCGGCAGUACCUGUGAGGCUGGUUGGCAGAGGCUGCGCAGUGUCAAAUCUAGCCCCUUGCGCUGAACUGUAGAACAUCAGGCAUGCUCAUUUCCUGUAGACCACAUCGAACAUAUGCAUUCAAUCUUUAGGCAAGAUACCCUUAAAAAAGUGUAUGUAAAAAAUAAUUUUGAAUCUGUUUGGCCUUGAAUGAUGUUGACCUUUCGGGAUUACGCUGUCCUAUGUCAAAUCACGCGUAUAGCAAGUGAUGAGCAUCUCUACUUUAAUCUGUCGUAAUUUGUAAAUUUGUAUU